AUGUCCGUUGAUGAAUUCAAAAAGGAGGCCGGGACGAGCUCGCCGAGCUGCGUGUUGGAUCAGGGGUUUUGGGAUUCCUUGGACGGCGGAUUGGACAGCCCGCAAAAUCUGACGAUCGAUGAAGUUCGAUGCUCGAGAAUUCCACUCGGUGAUAGGAUCAAGAGCUUGAUCAAUGUGUUUUCUUCAGCAUCGAAUUUCUCUGAUUGGUGUUCGGAAGAAGAGGGCGAUUGGAUCACGGUUCGGAGUAACGAGUCCGAGGAAAACGAUAGCAUGUUCUUGGACGACGAAUCAUCUGUUGAAGAACAAGAUGCAGCAUAUCCGUUCUGGGAUACUGCGAUCCUCAAUUUGGAUCAUGGGGAGGAGCUUGGAAGGUCGGAUUCCGACGAAGAUUCGUCCCCGGCGGCGGGAUUAGAUUUUGACUCCAUUGAAAACGUUGUUGUUACCAUUAGUAGUAGAGGAGAUGAUUAUGAUGGUUUUCAUCUUCAUAGGUCUUGUAAAGGUCCAAGAUGA